CGGCGGCUCAGGGGGAGGAGUCGGGGCUGCUGCCGCCGCCGGAGGCUCCGCUAGCCGAGCGGCUCCGGGCGGAGGCUCCUUGUCAGCAGCACAAUGUGGUAUCCCAAGCACCAUUGUGUGAGACUGAGGUGAACUUAGGAGAAAGAGACCACACCAGCAACAGCCAGGAUGACCAAAGCACGACUGUUCCGCCUCUCGGUGGUGCUGGGUUCCGUCUUCAUGAUCCUGCUGAUCAUCGUGUACUGGGACAACGUGGGGACGGCUCAUUUCUACCUGCACACGUCCUUCUCCAGGCCUCAUGCCCUGGGCACUCCGCCCACCGCUGCUCAGGAUGAAGACCGCGAAGACUUGUUGGACAUGGAUGAGUUUUUAGAGAAGCUACUGAGUUCUGGCCUGAGGCAGAAUGGUCCCUUGAACAGAAAGAUGGAGCAGGCCCCACUUCAAGGCUCCAGCAGGCCUGUCUUGGACAAUCUGGAGGAGAAUGUGAGAGGCUAUGACUGGUCCACCCGCGCUGCCAGAGUGAGCCUGGACCAGGAGAAGCUGCAGGCUGAACGGCGGAGGAUGCUGCGGGAGUUCUGUGCCAAUUCCAGCUUCGCCUUCCCCGCUAAGGAGCGUUCCUUUGACGACAUCCCCAACUACGAGCUGAACCACCUGAUCGUGGACGACCGCCACGGCAUCAUCUACUGCUAUGUCCCCAAGGUGGCCUGCACCAACUGGAAGCGGGUGAUGAUCGUGUUGAGUGAGAGCCUGCUGGAUCAGGGUGUCCCCUACCGGGACCCCCUGGACAUUCCCCGAGAGCACGUCCACAACUCCAGCACCCACCUGACUUUCAACAAGUUCUGGCGCCGCUACGGGAAGUUCUCCCGCCACCUCAUGAAGAUCAAGCUGAAGAAAUACACCAAGUUCCUCUUUGUACGCGAUCCCUUCGUGCGGCUCAUCUCUGCCUUCCGCAGCAAGUUUGAGCUGGAGAAUGAGGAGUUCUACCGGCGCUUUGCCAUACCCAUGCUGAAGCUCUACUCCAACCACACCAACCUCCCCACCUCUGUUAGCGAGGCCUUCAGGGCGGGCCUCAAAGUCUCCUUCCCUGACUUCAUCCAGUACUUACUGGACCCCCGGACAGAGAAGAUGGCCCCUUUCAAUGAGCACUGGAGGCAGGUUUACCGCUUGUGCCACCCGUGCCAGAUAGACUAUGACUUUGUUGGGAAGCUGGAGACCCUCAACGAAGAUGCAGCUCAUCUGCUGCAGCUUCUCAAGGUGGACAGGCUCCUCCACUUCCCCCCCAGCUACCGGAACAGGACUGCCAGCAGCUGGGAGGAGGACUGGUUUGCCAAAAUCCCUCUGGCCUGGAGGCAGCAGCUCUACAAACUUUACGAGGCUGAUUUUGUACUCUUUGGCUACCCCAAACCAGAAAAUCUGCUUAAAGACUAAAAGCAAUUGGAAAUUGGAGGAGGGGGAAGGGGGAUUACCAAAAAUAUUUAAAACUUCACAAUAUCCUCCUCUUAAUCUCCCAACCCAGGAAGAUAAAAUUAAGUAUAUUUUUUCUACUCAUCCCCUUCCAAAUUUGCAAGAAUCCAGGAUACUCCAGCCAGCUGUGCAUCACCAGAAGACCCCCCACCCUCCCUUUGCAAUCGGAAGACUUCCUCUUUCAGUCUGUCGGCUGUGUCCUUCGGUUGCUUUUUAUUAAUACUUUUUAAAAAUUAAUAUAUUUAAAAUAUUUAAUACAAAUUGCGUGUUGUGGUGAAGGGAGAG